AUGCCCAUUCUGAUAAUAGUUGUGUGCAAUAAGCCUUGGGAUGGCAACAUUGGAAACCUUAUGACCCGCAUCCACAGUGACCCUGGGGAAGGAACAGAGGACAGAGAAAUGGACAGCCUGGGCAGCAACCACUCCAUCCCAAGCAUGUCCGUGAGCACUAGCAGUCAGAGCAGCAGCGUGAACAGCAUGCAGGAGGUCCUGGAUGAGAGCAGCUCCGACCUAGUCAUGAUGCAUGAGGAAGAAAGCACCAUGAACUCCAGCUCCUCUGUGGUACACAAGAAGGGUCAUGUAUUCAUAAGGGAUGAGGCGGGCCACGGCGAUCCCAGGCCUGAGCCGCGGCCUACCCAGUCAGUUCAGAGCCAGGCCCUCCACUAUCGGAACAGAGAGCGCUUUGCCACGAUCAAAUCAGCAUCUUUGCCAUCACAGUCUUCCUCUCUGUGGAGAAUAAAGCUGCCUCCCUGCCAGGCCGCUUCCGGCUAUGGGCAAAGUCCUGAGGAGCCCCUCUGA